AGUUUGCUUGAGAAUUUCAUUGCGUGUGUUUCGUGUUUGUGACCUUUGUGCGAUUUUUGUGCCUAAAAUUGUGGAAAAACUGAUGAUUUUGCAAAAUGACGGUGUGGAAGAGUGUUGAUGAGAAAUUCCUCUAUGGAAUCGCCAAGAACAGUUUUACCCAAGACAAGCCACAUAGACUGAGUUUGGACGUUGGUGAUGCUGUGAUAAUCCUGAAAGAAAGUUCCAACUGGUAUUAUGGAUACAAUAAAAAAAAUCGUGGGAAUAGAGGUAUAUUCCCAAAAACGUACAUUGAGCUGAUGGAGUGUGUGAGGUCUAAGAAUGACUAUGUAAUCAAGAGAUCAGAAAUUGUGGAUGAGAUCACGACAGUUCUUGUUGAGUGGGGAGAUCUCUUUAAGAAGUUUUAUUUGACAAACAACAAAAAUUUUCUGCCUAUCAGACAAAAAAUGCUGGAACUGAUAAGGCUGCGAUCGCAAAUAUUGUCAGGCAAUUUGCCAGUGGACGAGAUGAAAGAGGUGAAAUUGAUGGCAACGUCGGAGAUUGAUGUGGGAAAUAGUCUAUUGGGGCUGGACAUGGUGGUUCGCAAUGAAAGUGGAAGUGCUAUUGAUAUUAAUUCGACGUCCACAACACAACUCUAUGAGCUCCACAUGAAUGCCGUUGAGCGAAUACGAAUGGCAUCGACGUCUUUCAACAAGAAUCGUGUGUCAAAGAAUAUGAAUAAGCACUCACACAAUCUUUUGGUGCGUGUUCAUGCAUUUGUGUGCAAGUUCCAAGAAGAUUCAGACCUUCUUAUAACACUUUACGAUGCCGAUGAGCAAAAGUCCAUAACGGAAAAUUAUGUUGUGAAGUGGGGCAGGCAGGGCCUAGCCCGAGAUAUCGAUCAAUUCGAUAACAAUCGGGUGCUUUUUACAGACCUCAGUACUCAGGAUUUGAAUAGGAAUAAGGUGUAUCUGAUUUGCUAUGCUAUCCGAAUUGGUGGCAUGGAUAUCAAAGAACCUGACCCGAAACGUGUCAGUGUGGCGAGUGUUGUUCUGCAGGGCGGAUCAAGUAAGAAAAAUAGUCAGAAUAGCCUGAAUUUUGCUGGCAAUGAUGCCAUGCGACGUCCUUUUGGCGUUGCUGCCAUUGAUUUAACUCCAAUCAUUAAGAAACCGGAAGAUUUCAAAAACAACCUCGAUCUUCCGUUUAUUCUCUGUGAGAAGGAGAAUUUGGACACGACACUCAAGAAACUGAUAAACAACAAGGAUGUAGGGAAGAUUGAUUCGAAACUGGCGGUUAGUGUUGAGGUACUCCAUGGAGAUACAAAGCAAAUCCGUGAGGAAUAUCCUCAUCUUGUGCAUGGAAAUGUUCCAAUAGCGCGGAAAAUGGGUUUCCCCGAAGUGAUAUUCCCGGGAGAUGUGCGCAAUGAUAUGUACUUGACACUGGUGAAUGGAGAGUUUUCCAAGGGUUUGAAGAGUGGAGAUAAGAAUAUCGAGGUGAUGGUGUGUGUGUGCAAUGAAAAGGGAAUUGUUGUGCCGGACGUGAUAACAUUGGGAGCUGGCUAUGCAAUGACCAGUGAAUAUAAAUCUGUUAUAUACUACCAUGAGGACAAACCCAAGUGGAAUGAGACAUUUAAAGUGCAAGUGCCGAUAGAGGAAUUCAAACAGUGCCACUUGAGAUUCACAUUCAAACAUCGAAGUUCCAAUGAGGCAAAAGAUCGUGCUGAGAAGCCAUUUGCGCUGUCUUACGUGAAGUUAAUGCAAAAUGAUGGGACAACACUUCAUCAUACCAGUCACAAGCUUCUGGUUUAUAAAAUUGACCAGAAGAAGUACGACAAAGAUGCUCCAUUGAGCUACUUGUCGUUGCCAUCGAAAGUCUCUGAUCUGGAGCCCAAUUCAAAGCCAUCUGCGGUGGGAUUGAGUCUCUCGUCCAAGGAUUUCUUCGUCAUUGAGACCAACUUGUGCAGCACGAAAUUGACUCAGGAUGUUUCUCUCCUUGGGCUUCUCAAUUGGUCUUCCAAUCUCGAUGCUCUGGAAAGCUCUCUCAAUGCCAUAAUGGGCGUGAAGCCCGAAGAGGUUGUGAAAUUCCUACAAGAUAUUCUAGAUGCUCUUUUUUCUAUUUUGGUUCAGAACUCAGAUCCUGCCAAAUACGAUGAUUUAGUUUUUAGAUGUUUGCUGCGUCUAAUUGAGAUUGUAUCUGAGAUUAAGUAUCAACAUUUCCAAUCUGUACUCGAUUUGUACAUCAAUGAAAGUUUCUCUGCAACUUUGGCCUAUGACAAAUUAAUCAACGUACUACAGACACAUAUCAAGAAUGCAAUUAACAGCACUCCUGCUGUGGUGCAGCCGGAAAUUUGUACGCCGUCUGAGACGGAAAUGGAAGGAUUGCUGUACAAGAUCACGAAGAAUUUGCAGUAUAUCAUGAAGUUUAUCAUAAGAUCGAGGAUACUCUUUGCCGAAUUGAAUGAUAACAAGGAUAGGGUGUUUUUUGAGCAGAGUUUGGAUGAUUUGUUGACGUCGUUUAAGAACUUGAUAGCAUGUCCGAAUAAUUUACUUCGCUCUCAGGGUGCUACCCUUAAGUACAUCCAUGUCAUCGUGUCGGAUUUAAUGCAGGUCUACAGUCCAAUUAGACUCAGUCAAUUCAUCGUGGAUAUUAUACUAAAUAUUCCACCGGGAAGAUUGACACAGUCGAAAAUGUUGUGCAUCAAGGAUAUGAUUGACUCAAAGUUAUUCAAAUUGCAAGAAUGUCGAUCAAUAAUACUCCCAGUGUUCUGUCAACAAAUCAAAGAGAAAUUGGAGAGCAAGGAAGAGGGUGAUGUUAUGUCAGAAUUGUGGCAACAGCAAAAGAAUUUAACAAAGGCCGCUAAGGUACUGGGUGAAUUAAAAUCGAAUCUUCACACGCGUGAAUCAACAGCCAAGACCAAGAUUGCAGAGUGUGUCAAUAUAAUGAAUAAUAUCUUGGGAUUGCUUCACCGGAAAGAUAUUGGGUCAACUGUGUAUGAUAUCAGGGAUAUAAUGUUUAUCCUUCUGCGAACGGUCAUUCAGAGUUCCAUUCAGAUGGACAGAGAUAAUCCGUUGGUGGGGAAUUUGGUGGCAAUAAUGUUGGGUAUUUUCCGGAGUAUGCGUCAAGAGCACUAUUCGUGGUAUGUGAAUCACUUUGCCACUCGCUACGAUCUUAUGGAUUUUCUCACGGAGAUUCUGCACGUGUUCAAGGAUUUGGUGUCAUUUCCUGUCUUUCCCAGUGAUUGGAUGGAUAUGAUAAUGCACCAGAAUAUUGUUAUUCUGGAGAGUUUGAAGCACUUUACCAAUAUUAUUCUGGAGAAGUUUUUUGUGCCUUUUGAGAAGCAAGUCUGGUCGAAUUUCUUUCAUUGCUCCAUUGCUUUUCUGAUUCAGCCAUCGUUGCAGCUGGAUCAGUUUACGGAGAAUAAGACAUCGACGAUUUUGCUGAGGUACAGGGAUAUUAGGAAGGAGACAGCUAUUGAAAUAAGGAAAAUGUGGUUUAGUUUGGGUGAGAAUAAAAUUCAAUUUGUCCCACAACUUGUGGGGCCUCUGUUGGAGAUGAGUUUGAUCCCAGAGCCUGAAUUGCGUCAGGCAACAAUUCCCAUUUUCUUUGACAUGAUGCAGGCGGAAUACUGCAGUUCGAGGUAUAUAAAUGAGAGUUAUGGGGAUACAAGGAGGAAUAAUGCACACUAUAAGGGCAAUUUCAAUGAUUUUGAGAAUGAGAUGAUUGAGAAAUUGGAUAUUCUUGUGGAGGGUGGAAGAGGAGAUAAUGAAUACAAAGAGAUGUUUUAUCACAUUAUGAUGGAAAAUUGUCGGAAUCACAAUACGCUGAAGGUCGAUGGGACGAAUUUUGUUGUGAUUGCGGCUAAAUUGAUGGAGAGAUUGUUGGAAUAUCGAUGUAUUAUCAAUGAUGAGAGCAAGGAGAAUAGAAUGGCUUGCACGGUUAGUCUCCUGCAAUUCUAUUCCGAGGUCAAUCGGAAGGAGAUGUACAUAAGAUAUGUGAAUAAAUUGUGCGAUUUGCACAUGGAAUUUGACAAUUACACCGAAGCUGCAUUCACUUUGAAGCUCCACAGCAAUCUUUUGAUGUGGAAUGAUACAGCUCUCUCCUCCCUCCUUCGAUCCCAGAGACAUCCUCUCUGUCAAACCCACCGGCAGCUCAAGGAGGCUCUCUACCACGAAAUCAUCGACUACUUCGAUCAGGGCAAGAUGUGGGAGAGUGCUCUGGUAAUGUGCAAAGAACUUGCAGAGCAGUAUGAAGAAAAAGUCUUUGACUACAUGAGUCUCAGUGGGAUUCACAGAAAAAUGGCAGAAUUCUAUGAGAAAAUCCUCAAGGAGAUGCGUCAUGAGAGUGAAUACUUCCGUGUUGCUUUCUACGGCCUCAAAUUCCCCGAAUUCCUCCGCAAUAAGAUCUUCAUUUACCGCGGAAAGGAAUACGAAAGACUCAGUGAUUUCUGCACGAGAAUCCUCACUCAGCAUCCAGCAGCUGAACUUAUGCAAACCCUCACAACUCCUGGCCAUGACAUCACUCACAGCGAUGGCCAAUACAUUCAAGUGAACAGCGUAGAGCCCAUGAUGGCGGAGGAAAAUGAAAAGUACGGAGAGAAAAUUGUGGCACAGCAAAUUCUCAAGUACUACCAAACGAACAAUGUUCAAAAAUUCAAAUUUUCCCGACCCUAUCGCGAUGGGAAAUCCACUUCCGGAGACUCAGUGGCCAAUCUGUGGCUAGAGAGAACCAUCAUGAAAACCACCUAUCCCCUUCCUGGAAUUCUCAGAUGGUUCCCAGUUGAAUCGGCGGAAACCUUCAAGAUCUCGCCAAUUGAGCACGCCAUUGAGACAAUGGAGGCAACAAAUAAGUCCAUCAGGAAUUUAGUUAUUGCUCACCGCGAUGACGAGACACUCCCAAUCAAUCCGCUCAGCAUGAAGAUCAAUGGGAUUGUAGAUCCAGCGGUUAUGGGUGGUUUCCGGAAGUACGAAGAGGCCUUCCUGACAGACGAAUAUUUGGAGCAGAAUCCCGAUGAUGUGCACUUUGUGGUGAAGCUAAAAGAACUGAUUGCACAGCAAAUUCCCAUCCUGGAAAUUGCAGUGUACGUGCACAAAGCUAAAGCACCCAAAUCUCUGGCACCAUUCCACGACAGACUGGAGAAAUGCUUCUUUGAGAUGCAGGCCAAAGUUGAGAUUAAAUACGGAAAGAGGACAAGUGACUUGAAGUUUGAGCGAGAGUUCGUAACAAUGCGUCGAGGGAUGUCAGCCCAGAUGAGUUUAGAUUCCAAUCGUCUCUCGGAAACUAGCAUGGGAUCAAAUGAUAGUGGCCUGUCUAAAUCGAUGCAGCCAAAUCGAUCGCAAACCAGCUCAAUUAAAUCCACAUUUGCCAAUUUUAACUUCAAUGCCGCUAAUUUGACAAGAACAUCGCUAGGAACGACGGCAAAUUCAAAGAAAACUAAAGAGAAAUCGACCAAUAAGCGACGAUCGAGUCGUAAAAUUGAUCGGGAAUCACUGAAUGUGACAACUAGUCAAUGGUACACGGGGACCCUGACCCCGAUCACAGCAACUCCACCUGAAAAGGACACAACGUCAAUUUGCAGCAAUGGCAGCAGUAAUUUAACAACACCAACUAAUAGUUUAGUCGUGGAACUCACUGAAGAGCUAACCCCAAAGAGGCCCCUGAGGUCAGAGAUUGAGCGCGAGAGGAGAUUAUCGAGGACGGCGAGUAUCGCAACGCCGACGAAUAGUAUCAAAGGGUUUCCCGGGGACAGCAAUUCGGUUUCCGACGAGGAGAGUAAUAGAAAUUCAAUUGUAACAACAGAUUCAACGGCUUCGGAUGAGGAUCAACUGCCACCGCCACUUCCGGCCAAGACCAGAGACUCCACCGAUUAUUCAAAUUUACCGACCGAAGAGGGCAAUUGUGGAAUUGCGUCCAGGCACAAUCCUCGUACAUCCAGCAGCAAUAAACCCCUUCCGCAGCUUCCCAUUGUCGUCAAUGUUAACUAUGAAUAUGUUGAGGCGAGAAAUUUUUGCAUUGGAAAUGAUGAGAGGAAACGACCACCGACUCCACCACCAAAACCAACUCGCAAUUCUAAAGGCGUUUCCUCACCGUAGAUUAUUGUGUAUUUUAUUGCAAAAAGAGAGAGAGAGAGAAUGUGUGAGAGAGAGUAUGAAUGCGGGACAUUUAUCCGGGUGGCAAUGUGCAAGAAAAGAAAAAAAGGAAGAACGAACACUCAAGAAAAAAAGAAGUUGCAGGAAGUGAAUUUUAAAAUGCAAGGUACGUGAAUAUUUCGUAUAUAAAAUUUACAUUUCGUAUAGAUUUCACUGCAAUUUAUCUUAAAUAUUUAUCCAUAAUGGUUUUUUUAUAGUGUCUUAAAGUCACAUUUUAAUGCACACGUUGAAUGUGAAAGAAUGUGUUUUUUUUU